UUUCUGAUUGGCUGCUGCGGAGGUGGGCGGUCCUUCCAGGAAAAACGGAAGUGUGAUUGUUUUGGUCAAACAGGAGGAGGAAUGGAGGCGAAGCCAGAGAGUCACAAGCUGAUCUUUGAGAAGGAGGGUGUUUACCUCCACACCAAUGCCAAAAGAAGCAAUCAGGACACAACCAUCCCUGGCUUCAUCCGGAUAGUUGAGCGGGAUGGAGAGCCGGCACUGGAGUGGAGCCCUGUUGAGGAGGAUGUGAGAAAUGCUCCUGCUGUCUUCUACGCCAAAAAGGAUGGGGAAGAAGGGGAAGAGGAAACUAAGUUUGACCCAGGCUAUGAGCCAGACUGGGCCGUCAUCAGUACAGUCAAGCAGGAAAGACGGCAAGAGCAUCCACCAGUCAGAGAAACAGGUCAGUGGGGCUUCUCCCUGCCCCUUUCAGAGCUGUACUCUCUCCGGAGGGCUCGCUUCUCUCUGGGCAGGAACUUCUUGGUGAUGACCACCAGAGGGGGCGAUCCUCUCCCUCCCCUGCACUUCCAUCGAGGGGGCACUAGAGAGCUGCUAAAAGCCAUGCAGCGUUACAUCAGACUGGCCCCGUCUCCCAUGGAUGGUAGGCUCUUCCUGGCAUACCCGCAUGAUUCUGGGGCCCUAUCACAGUCGUUUGAUGAGCUGCACCUCUUUGAUGAUACCAGUGCAGAUCUAGUGUCUAGGUUCAUUCAGGACCCAUACGCGACCACAUUUGGGGGCUUCUCCAAAGUGACUAACUUCUUCCGGGGAGCUCUUAGACAUCCAGAGUCGCCCCUCGGUAACCGCUCACCACAAGAUGCCCAUUUCCCACACUCAGCUGAUGAGGAGCCAGGCUUUGAGCUCAUUACCUGCGGGGCAGAGCUCGGCCCCAGACCGGAGGUCAAAAGAGGAAAGCCUUUGGAUAACUGGGAUCAGUUUUUGGAUCCAGAGGGCCGUGUCACUGAUCCACAGAAGGUCAAGAAGCUGGUGUUUAGAGGGGGCAUUGUUCCAUCUCUGCGGAAGGAGGUGUGGAAGUUCUUAUUGGGGUUCUACCCGUGGAACAGCACAGCCAAAGAGAGAGAGGACAUCCUUCGGGUGAAAACGGAUGAGUAUUUCAGGAUGAAGGUUCAGUGGAAGUCAGUUAGUGAAGAGCAGGAGAUGAGGAACUCUCUCUUCCGAGGAAACCGUAGCCUCAUAGAACGGGAUGUGAAUCGAACAGACAGACACAAUUCCUUCUUUUCUGGGAAUGAGAACCCAGGACUUGCGCUGCUCCAAGACGUACUGAUGACGUACUGCAUGUAUAACUUCGAUCUGGGUUAUGUACAGGGGAUGAGUGAUCUUCUGUCUCCUCUCCUCUUUGUUACCCAGAAUGAGGUGGAGUCCUUCUGGUGUUUGACAGGCUUUAUGGAUUUAGUGCACCAAAACUUUGAAGAGUCUCAAGAGGCCAUGAAACAGCAGCUGCUUCAGCUCAGCCUCCUACUGAGAGCACUUGAUCCAGAGCUGUGUGACUACCUGGACUCUCAGGACAGUGGUUCACUUUGUUUCUGUUUCCGUUGGUUGCUGAUUUGGUUUAAGAGAGAAUUCUCUUUUGAAGACAUCUUGAGUCUUUGGGAGGUUCUGUGGACCCGUCUGCCUUGUGAAAACUUCCACUUACUUAUGGCCUGCUCCAUUCUUGAAUCACAAAAAGGGGAGCUGAUUGGCUCAAAUCAUGAUUUUAACUCUAUACUGAAGCACAUUAAUGAGCUGACCAUGAAGCUGGAUCUGCAGUCAAUACUCUGUGGAGCUGAGGCUAUUUAUUUGCAGCUGACAAACUGCAAGGAGCUGUCUGUGAAAGUACAGGAAGUUCUUGGGCUGCGUGUCCCAUCCAGCUUUUCAGAAGAGAGUCCAAACUCAGAGCCCACAGAGACAGACACCCUUCUCGCUCAGUCCGAGGCCAGAGGAGCUUCAUCCUGCCAGCCAUUUAAUGGGCGGACACCACAGCGGACGCCUCCUACAUGCCCCUAAUUCCAGAAGGUGAUUGGCAAAAGGGGGACAGAUGAUUUUAAUUGAACCAUAAUGAUGAAUAUUCAUAAAAAAUGAUUAACGUGUUUAUAAAAUAUGGUGAAUGUAAUUCAGAGAUUGAAAUCUAGAUCUGCAGCGACCUAAUAAAAAUAAGAUCGUCUGAUUAUUUUCCACAUGCUGUUUAAACUGAUGUGUGAAUGACUGUGGGCAUUGCAGACAGAGUCACUGAAGAGAGGGAACACUUACAGUUUAUAGUGUGAGCAUUAUAGUCGUAGCUCAUAUUUUAUCACUUAAUAUUUUAUGCAUUUAUGAGCUUUAGGUAUCUUAAUCGUUUGAUCCACUAUACUAGCAGUACCCUAAACCAUGUUAUUAAUUAUGUAUUGUAUGAUCAUGUAUAUUAGUUGUUUUCUCUCCCCAUCUUUACUGUUACACUCAGUGACAGCUAGAAGAUAAUGCUGGGCACUACCGUUUUGCAUGCAAUGUAGCAAGAGCUACUUCAUAUUAAUUCUUAUGUUAGUUUUUAAAAUGGCUUUCAUAUGGCUAAAGAAUAAAACAUUGAAAUUGA